AAGGUUAGAGAAGUUUCUCGGCUGCGAGUUCAGGCACUUAUUGCCGCUCUCUCCCAGGGGCGGAAGGGAAAGUCGCACAUAAAGUGCUGGAGAGCGAGAGGGCAGAGAUAAGCUUUUUAAUCUCAGGAUAUUUGGUUUUAUUAAUUUUUUUUCCCCUCUCCCAACGAGAAGUUUUAUUUUCCUCUCCCUGGGAUCACAGCCAGACAGGAAGCAUUUUCUCUUGGCCACAGAGCUCUCUCCGUCCUUCCUGCGCUCCUCCAGUGAUUCAGCCCUGAAUUGAUUUUCUCCGUCAUCCAUCACCUGGUGCUGGGGAAGGAGGGGACCAUCCCCGCAGCACCCAUCCUCAGCCGCACGCCUGCGUCCCACCCGGGGUGGAUGCGUCUCCUCCGGGACGGGCUCUCUGGGGAAGUUUGCAGCCAGGAGCGGCCGUGCAGAGGCUGAGGCUCUGCGGAAGAGCCCCAGGAACACGCUCAGACCCUUCGUGAGGAAGCCAUGGCCGACAGCCAGAUGCCCUUCUCCUGCCAUUACCCCGGCAGGCGCAGCAUCCGCGACCCUUUCCGGGAGCCCGGCUUGACCUCGCGUCUGCUGGACGAUGAUUUCGGCAUGUCGCCCUUCCCUGGGGACCUGACAGCGGACUGGCCCGACUGGGCUCGGCCCCGGCUCACCACCACCUGGCCGGGUCCGCUGCGCACCGGCAUGGCCCGUGCCUCCACCAUGGCCCCCGGCUACGGCACCCGCUUCGCGGGGUACCCCGAGAACCGCAGCCCCGUGCCCUUCCCCCGCGAGCCCUGGAAGGUGUGCGUCAACGUGCACAGCUUCAAACCUGAGGAGCUGACGGUCAAAACCAAGGAUGGCUACGUUGAGGUGUCAGGCAAACACGAGGAGCAGCAGGUGGAAGGAGGGAUCGUCUCCAAGAACUUCACCAAGAAAAUCCAGCUGCCCUACGAGGUGGACCCCAUCACGGUCUUCGCUUCCUUGUCACCGGAGGGGCUGCUGAUCAUCGAGGCUCCCCAGAUUCCUCCCUACCAGCCAUACGGCGAGGGCAGCUGCAGCAGUGAGAUCCCUGUUGAGAGCCAGGAGGCCACCUGCGCCUGACCCGCACCCCUCCUGCGCCCCGGCAUCCCUCCUCCCCUCUCCCUCCUCCCCUGGACCCCCGGUCCCCUGUGAUGCAGCAUCCUGACAGCCUCUGGCAAGGGUGACGGGUGCCGCUCGCAGGGACAGCAGCACCCGUCACCCCACGGGGGGACCAGCUGAGAGCCGGAGCACGCGUGCCGGGUGCCAGGCCACCGUUCCUGUGGGCUUGUAGUGGUCUGAGGUGACGGUAGAGAUUUUGUGGCCAUGGAGCCGAGCAGAACGGAUGCCCUCGUUACAGUUAUUUUUUGCUCAGAGUCGCUCGGAUGAGAUAUUUAUAAUAGCAAAAAAGGGCCCUUUUUUUUCUCUAAAAAUGUUGUGGAAUCCCGUUAGUGGGUUGGGGUUUUAACCACCUCUCUGCAAAGGACACACAUCCGGCGGUGGAGCUUGAUGGCACUGCCUCCGUCCUGAGAAACACAAACCGUCCGCAUGUUUUGAACAUUGGUUUUUGGAUUUUUUCUUCCUUUUUUUCCAAAGAGAACUUGUGCUUUUACUUGUUAAAUCUGAGGAAUAAAACCUAGUCGAUGUUCUUAGC